AUGGUUCUGAAGGUGGCCGCAAUCGACUACAUUUACCCUACCUCAGCUUCUAGUCAAUCAGCCUCUAAGAAAGCAACUCCGAAAAAGGCCCUACCCAAAACAGUGAAACCCGGUGUAAUGGUGGAAACCCCCCCACCUCCUUCGUCAUUCCGGAGGCAAGAGUACGUCGCCAUACCUGACUCACCCAAGAGGCGCAAAGUGGGUGAAUCCGAAGUCAAUAACCAGCCUGCUUUGGCCGUCGCUUCGAAAAGAGAGAAAGAUGACCGACUUUUGACAAAGCUUGAAAAUCAGCUGGUUGAAAUCUUCGAUGCUCAAGAUCGGCUGAAUUCGGGCACCUCAGCCUCGUCUGCUGGUGUGAACACCAUUUUCGAUGUGCCGAACGACGAAGAUGAAGCUGAGCAACGUCUCAGUAUACAUGUUCAAGAGAUAUUACAAGGCAUAUUGAGCCAGUUAUUGGCUUCCAGACGCCUAGCGGACACCCCAACCGAAUAUAUCCAACGGCUGCAGCGACUUUGUGAGCCUGCUAUCGAAGCGGCGCAAAUGGUGAACAUGAGAGUCCCGUCCGAUACAUCUGCUGGAGACAUUGCCACUUGGUUAGUCAAGCUUCACAAAGGAGAAAGCGGGGCCGCCGCAGCAUGUACCUUGAUCUAUACUGUUCUCGGCGCUUCGCCAAAUGCCGAUCUCUCUAAUCUGGAGGCGCUUCAAUGGUUGCCGAACGUUCUGGUCAAUAUCUUUGAAAACUGUCUCAUACCUGUCAUCGAAGCUAGACCAGAUGGACCACAGAGCAGAUUGUUUGAGGUGGCAGUGACACAUAGUGAUGCUCUGAAGAGGCUUCUUGAUGUCGGUCGGAAGUUGCUGGAUCUUGUUGCGACAGUCUGUGUUCAGGUCAAAGGAGCUGGCUCCACUGUUAAUUCGACAGAAUUUCUUGCGUCGAAACUCAUUUUUGUGCAGAAUGCCCACGCCGACAAAACAUCGGUAUUAGGCUCUCAAACCUAUGAGCGGAUGCGCAAGCAGGCCAUGGGGGCGCUCGCAAAAUUGUACGCCGCAUUUCCUGGUGAGAGAACAGCAAUUCUGGAUGAAGUUUUGACGUCGCUGGACAAGUUGCCCUCUAAUAGUCGAAGUGCGAGACAAUACAAGCUGGGGAACGGUAAGAGCAUUCAACUUGUUUCUGCUCUCUUCAUGCAGCUGGUGCAGACCCCAGCCAUGCAAACUUGCAAGGAUAGAGGCCGGAAGAGGAGACACCGACACCGACACCGGACCCAGUCAAAGGAACUCGAAAGCUCGAAUGAUGAAGACUUGGCAAGUGAUCAGGAAGAGGACUCCAGCACCGUGCCAGAUCAAAAUGAGCAUGAUCCUCUAUCCAAGUUAGCGAACACGGCGGACGGCUUGUUUGACGACGCUUUCAGAAGUGCUCAACAAAUCGUAGGCUGGAUGGUCGACAAAGCCUCAAAAGUGACCAAAACCGGCGACUCCCCCUACCGCAAUAUUCUCGAUCUGUUUGUCCAAGAUUUGACAGUGGUACUGCCAUCAACAGACUGGCCGGCUUCAGAAUUGCUCCUCACAGUCCUGGCUCUGCGGAUGAUUGCACUCGCCAAAGGCGACAAAGGCGCUUCUACCAAGAACAUGGCACUAGAAUCAUUGGGAGUUAUGGGCUCUGCAAUUUCUGAGAUUAGGGUCACGGCCAGGAAUCUCCUCUCCUCCAUCCUACGGGAUGGGGAAUCCAAUUCUUCCAAAAUUGGACAAGAUCUCUCAAACCUCGUCAAAGAUCGGGCCCAUUUUUUCCUCCAGAAUGAAGAGCUUAUUGCGCCCGGAGGCCCUUUCUGUGUGGUUCACACGCAUAUGAUGACUAAGGAUGAGCAGAGUCUCAGGACGAAAUCUGCAAAGGCGUAUUUCCUCGUCCAGUACGCUACUUUGAUUGUCCGAACAUUGCGUGGGCCGCAGACUGGGGAUCAAGAAGCUGGACUGGAAAGACUCCUGACCACAACUAUCUCAACCAUACUUCAUCAGCUGGCCGAGCCAGAUGAAUCACAGCAAGUAGUGGAUCAGGACGUGGCCGUCACGAAUCAAGAAGCGCAAUUGGCCUAUUUACUGAGUGUCCUGAACAUGCGAUUCUGCCGACGAUUCCAAGAUAUUACCAAAACACUGGCAUCAUCCCUUUCUAGCGACCAGGCGCAGGUAAGGAGUCGCAGCUUGAAGAGCGUGGUUUCAAUCUUGGAGAUAGACUCGAGUCUUCUCGACUGGGAUUUCACAAUGGCGGACGACGUUUUCAGGUGUGCUUCGGAUGAUUCGUCGUUGGUUCGGGAUUCGGCGCUUUCUCUGAUCGCCAAAUUUAUCAUGCCCAGACCGGCCCUCGAAGAAAAGGCAUUCAAACUAGUAUUGAAAUGUGCAGGGGAUGCGAAUGUAGGGGUGCAAAAGCGAGCCAUGGGCCAUUUGAAAGACAUCUAUCUGAAAGAGGCGAGACAAAACAUGAAAGCCACCAUUGCGAUCGAGUUUCUCCGGAGGACGGCAGACCAGGAGGAGACUGUGGCGGAACUGGCGAGGAAAACCCUGGCCGACAUCUGGAUUGCCCCCAAUUUGGCGUUGUUGAUCAACGCAAAUGGGUCGGCAUACGCCGACGUUGCAGUCGAAGAUUUCAAAGUCCAUAUUGUCGCCUGCGUCAACAGCGACACCGCUGCUUUAGCCCCUCUCCUGAAAGAUUUUUUGAUUUGGAAGCUCAAAGUUUCAAAAGAGGCCGACCAAGUCCAAGAUCUCUACGCACGAAUCGUCAAGAAGCUUUUGGAUACUGCCAAUGGCUCUGAAGCAGGCCCAGCAGAUUUGACAACACUAGUGGCGUUCGUUGAAGCUCGGCCACAGACAGUCGUACCAGCGGAUCUGACAAGCUUGAAAAGCUAUCUGAAGGAUUUGUCGAAGUCCGACAACAUUUUGAAGUUCAAGUCGGUUGUGGCAAUAUUCCGCUUUGUACUUCCACACUUGUCGAAAACUCAAGAGCCAAUUCUGCAAGAAGUCCAGCUGGACCUGAUGAAAGCUGCCAAAAAUCUUGCUCGUCGGCAGGAGUUGGAAGAAGUGAUGGCUUGUCUAAGGAGCAUUGACGGCGUCCUGCACAACACUAGCCGAGUUGUGGCUUUCGCAAAGUCGAUCAUACAGAAUGUGAUACAGCCCAAGAUAUCACCCCAGCUCAAGGAGAAGCUCAUGGGUGAGAACCGAAUGAGGGAGAUUCAGGCCCGAGAAAACAAAGUGAGGGAGCAAUCUCUCCGGCUCGCCGGAACUGUGGGAAAGCACCUCGACCUGGAAAACUAUCGAAACAGCUUCCAAGCCGACUUUCCUACCUUCAAAACCGGGUCAGUUGCAGGGUUCAUUGCGGACAGCAUCGUGCCUUUCACCUUUAAAGGGUUCAACGUCGAAUUACGCUUGAAAGCCCUGGAAAGUCUGGGGUUGAUCUGUCAGGCAUGGCCAGGGCAAUUCAACAAAAAGCAUGUUCGUGAGACGUUUUUCCAAGUCCUGGAUGGGGAUUCCUCCAUCACGCUUCAAGAGAACGAUAUCUUGAGGAUGCAGCUCAUAGUGCUUGGGAUAUUCGAGGAGCUGUAUGCAACGCGCACCAGUACGAGAAAUGAGACAAAUCAGACCGAGGGGCCGGUGGAGGUCCAAGAACUGAAGAACAUCGGCGGAGACAGCAAGGCACGAGAGGACGACAGUGCAAUCUCGACCAUCACCAACCCUCUGGUGGACCGCUUACUCCGAAUCGCACUGUCGGAAACGGGCGAAAAAACAUUGCUCGCUGCCCAGACGCUUGCCAGUAUCGACCGUCAGGGAAUGACCCAUCCGAAGCAGAGUACAGCAGCAUUUGUGGCCUUGGAAACCAACUCAGAUCCGCGGAUCUCCAAUGUUGCCAGAGGUGCGCACGAGCACCUUCAUCAGCAGCACGAAUCAGUAUGCGAACGAGAAUAUAUCCACGCAGUGUUUGAGGCCUUCCGGUACCAAAAUGAGGUUUUCAACGAUCCUCAAGGAGCCACGGUGCCCGGCCUCAAGGCCAAGCUGUCACCUGCAUUCACCAUCAUCAGCACCAGUGGGUCUAAGUAUGUGAAGAAGUUCCUCAGCAACCUCAUUUCGAAGCUCAACACGGAAUUCUCAAAGUUGAACAUGGGCGAGGGGGAGAUCCCCGAACACGUUCUUUUCGUGCUGUUCGUGACGCAGAACCUCGCAUUGUUUGAGUAUAAGAAGAUGGAUGAAUUGCUCCAUACUGUGUUGCAGUUAGAACUGGCGUUUGGGAAGAAUGGCGCGGAAACAGCGCAGGCCAUCGAGACUCGCCUUCCCCCAGUCGUCCCACGCUCGACCAAUGCCGACGAUGCCCCUGGAACAGUCGAAGAUGGGCAUGCAAGCGCAGAACCACCGAUUCAUCCAGAGGACUUGAGAAGGCUGACGGCGGCUGCGUGUGCCAUCACACUGGUUUCGGAGGCAAGAAACUACUUGAAGCGACAAUAUGGACUAUCCCGAGAUGUCAAAAUGGCCAUGCAACAAAGCAAACAAACUAAAGAGUUGGCCAAAGAACCGGUGAAGGUGCAUGGAAUUACUGGGGACAAGUUCUGGAGCGUUACAAAUUCGGUCCUGGACUCUCUCACGAGCACAGAAGCGAUGAUGGCACGCUGCCGAGACUUUGUCACCCUCGUGGCUGUGGAUGACGAGGUGAAGAUUGCCGAGGAGGAAGCAGAGAUGCUCCCGGUCAACAGCAUGGCCGCCGAAGCGACCACGAAUGGAGUGCGAGGGAGAAAACGAAAGAGUAUCAGUGGAUCGAUUGGAGGCACCCCCAAGAAACCUCGUGGCCGUCCGAAGAAUAAUGUUGCAAGACGGUCGUCAAGCACAUCGUCUCUGGACGACCCGGACGGGACCUUUGCAGGCUGA